UUAGUUGCGAUCGCGUAGAAAUACAAAAGUCAAAACUCUUGCAGUUUUUCUUUGUUCUUUUAUUGAUAAAAAUUGAAUAUGAAAAAUUUUCCAGUAUUUGUUUUUCCAGUAUCGUUGGAAUUUUUUUUAAACGCUAGACAUACGUAUAAACAGCUAUUAACUGUUUACAAUCCAUAUGACUUUACUGUGUACUUCAAAGUUUUGUGUACGUCCCCCACUAAGUUUUCCGUCAUUGAUCCUGAGGGUGUCAUUUCACCACAGAGCUGUAUAGAUAUUGUGGUAAGGUAUAUGCAACCUUCCGCAUCACAUUGCGAAAAUCUAGAUAAGUUCAGGAUUACAAUGUAUGAGAAAAACACGCAACAGGCAUUAGGUAAAAGAGACAUUCCAGUAAAAUUGAUUGAAGGAGAACCGUCAGCUACCAACCUUGGUGAGAGUCUUGGUGAUAGCUUUCAUCCAUUGCCGAUCAAGGCAGCGUCUGUGAGGCCUGCAGAGGAACAUCCAAGAGUUGCAUGUAAUCAUCCAUCUCAUAGAGAGCAACAACCUAUCAAUGUUGUUGCUGUUGCCGUGAGUAUAUGUUGUAUUGCGGCUUUACUCCUGCCUACACAGCCCGAGCCAUUUGUUCAAUCACAAUGGCCUGAAUGGUUACACAUAGGUUCCAAUCUUAAAUUAGUGUUCUCCUUUGUGCUUGGUUUGGUGAGUAUGUUGGUUCUGAGACCAUAAAGAUAUAAUUUGUUAUUAUUAACUUUGAAAUUCCUAAAUUUGAUGUCAGAUUUUUGUAUAACGGACACAAGGUAACAAUCAUAGUCAACUAUCUAGACGUACUCAAUUACAGUUUCUAAAUAUCACAUUAUCAAUUUGUAAAUUUUAGUUUGUGUAUGUACUGUUUAUAUUUUAAGUUAGCAAUUGUAUAUGGUGCAAGAGGUAGAAAGCUGUGUUAUGUUCUAUAUUAUGUAACAUGUCUAAUACAUGUUUGUUUAAUUUAUGAUUAAGGUAUUACAUUAAAUUUUAAUUUAUUAUAA